CCUGGACAUGCCAGGAUGUAUUGUGGAGUAGUUGCAUUUAGAAGAUGGGGAGGAAGUCCCAAACACUGUAAGUAAUCCAGGCUUGGGUUGGAAAAGUUACUCAUUAGCAGGUGAAAGGGUCAAGGGUCGAGGCAAAGGGGCUGGAAGCAGAGUGGACUGAGCAGCCAGUCCACGAGGCAAGGGGGAGAGCAGUUAAGGCACCAGCCACUCCACGCAGACCCCCAGCUCCCUCCUGCCUGAAGAUGUUCCACCAAAUUUGGGCAGCUCUACUCUACCUCUAUGGCAUUCUCCUUAACUCCAUCUACCAGUGCCCUGAGCACAGUCAGCUGACAACUGAAGGACUAGAUGGGAAAGAGUUCCCAGAGCCCCAUCUGGGCCGGUGGUACUUUAUCGCAGGGGCAGCUCCCACCAAGGAGGAGUUGGCGACUUUUGACCCUGUGGACAACAUUGUCUUCAACAUGGCCGUGGGCUCUGCCCCCAUGCAGCUCCAGCUUCGAGCUACCAUCCGCACGAAAAAUGGGCUCUGUGCGCCCCGGAAAUGGAUCUACCACCUGUCUGAGGGGAGCACAGAUCUCAGAACCGAAGGCCGCCCUGACAUGAAGACCAAGCUCUUCUCCAGCGCAUGCCCAGGCGGAAUCAUGCUGAAAGAGACAGGCCAGGGUUACCAGCGCUUCCUCCUCUACAAUCGCUCACCACACCCUCCCGAGAAGUGUGUGGAGGAAUUCCAGUCCCUGACCUCCUGCCUCGACUUUAAGGCCUUCUUACUGACUCCCAGGAAUCAAGAGACCUGUGAGCUGUCCAGUAACUGACCUGUGGCUUCAUCUGUGCCCCCCAGAUGGAUACAGUAGGAACUGAGAUUGUGGUGGGGGGAGAAGCUGGAGACUCUUAACUCCCUUUCAAGAAUAAAGAUGAUUUUUCAAUCCUCA